CCAUGCAGUAUGCUGCAGAAUCCAAAGAUGCAGAACUAGCUGAGAAGCUGCUUCAGUGGUUCCUGGAAGAAGGCAAGCAGGAGUGCUUUGCAGCCUGCCUCUUCACAUGUUAUGACUUGCUGCACCCAGACGUAGUCCUCGAGUUGGCAUGGAGGCAUAACAUCAUGGACUUUGCAAUGCCUUAUUUCAUCCAAGUGAUGAGAGAGUACCUUACCAAAGUUGAUGGGCUGUUCUAUAAGGUGACACUCUGCUUUGAAACUCUGUGUUCAUUUGUGUUCCUCAGUAUCCUAGGAUUCUGUUACAGGAAUCUAGCUGUAGCUUCUGCCAGCAGAGCAAUAUAA